CUCCUGGGUUACAUCACGCUGACAUUGUGUGUGUAUAUAACUCUAUGGUGUAACCUGGCUCCAUCAGCAGAUCUCCACCGGGUCCUCUAUCCGUCCCACAGCCGCAGACAUGACGCCCUCUCUGGGAUGUCUCUCAGCUCUGAUCGCGGGGUUUUUCUCGGUUCAUGUGCUGCAGAAACUCUGCUUCCCAUACUUCUGGAGGGACCUUAUGUUUCUGCUCAGGGUGAUGAGAUACGGGGUGAAUCUGGAGCUGUUUAAACUGAGAUCCCGCGUGCACACGGUGCUGGACAGGUUCAUCCAGCAGGCGCAGCGCGUGCCGGACAAGCCUUUUGUCAUUUACGAGGGGAGCGUGCACACCUACCGGGACAUCGAGAGGCGAAGCAACAGACUGGCACAUGUGUUCCUGGAGGACGUGAAGUUGAAGAAAGGAGAAUGCAUUGCCUUGCUCAUGAGCAACGAGCCCGACUUCCUGUGCGUUUGGUUCGGUUUGGCCAAGGUGGGAUGCUCCGUGGCUUUCCUGAACAUCAACAUCAAAUCCAAGUCUCUGCUGCACUGCGUGAACUGCUGUGGAGCCACAACUCUGAUAGUUGGUGCAGACUUGGUGGACAGUAUGAACGGCAUCCUGAGCAGCCUGCAGGAGGAAAACAUCCAGGUGUGGGCCAUGAAGAGCCACACUGAACACACACACGUUCACACGCUGCUGGAUAAGGUAGAGGCCGCCUCAGAGCAGCCGGUGCCAGCAUCGCUACGGGCAACCACCUCCCUAAAAGCCCCCACCCUCUACAUCUUCACCUCUGGAACCACUGGGCUCCCUAAGGCUGCAGUGAUCACUCACCUGCAGAGCCUGAAGGGAGCAGCAGGGUUCUGGGCGUUUGGAGCGACUGAAGAUGACGUGAUUUACAUCCCUCUGCCGCUCUACCACAGCGCAGCCUCCCUCAUAGGGAUCGGAGGAACCAUAGAGCUGGGCGCUACCUGCAUCUUGAAGAAGAAGUUCUCUGCCUCCCAGUUCUGGAACGACUGCAGGAAAUAUGACGUGACUGUUUUCCAGUAUAUCGGUGAACUCUGCAGAUACCUCUGCAACCAGCCUCCGACAGAGGGAGAUAUGGUCCACAAGGUGCGGAUGGGCGUGGGGAACGGGCUGCGGCCGGACGUCUGGAGGGAGUUCCAGAGUCGCUUUGGGAACGUGAAGAUGUGCGAGGUGUACGGAUCCACGGAGGGAAACCUGUGCUUCAUGAACCACAUCGGGAAGAUCGGGACAGUGGGACGCUCCAACUUCUUCUACAGGCUCCUGUUCAAGUAUGAUCUAAUAAAGUAUGACAUGGUGAAAGAUGAACCAGUGAAAGAUCAGCGUGGUUUCUGUCAGACAGUGAAAAGGGGUGAGACGGGGCUUUUACUGUCCAAGGUGAGUGCUUUGAGCCCUUUCUUUGGAUACGCCGGGAGCAAGCAGCUGACGGAGAGGAAGCUGAUGAGGAACGUGUUCGUGAAGGGAGACGCGUACUUUAACACCGGAGACCUGAUGGCUGAAGAUCAGGAGGGCUUCAUCAGCUUCAGAGACAGAGUGGGAGACACCUUCAGGUGGAAAGGGGAAAAUGUAGCAACGACAGAAGUGACGGAGACUCUGGGGCUGGUGGAGUUUAUCCAUGAAGUCAACGUUUAUGGAGUGGAAAUUAAAGGGCACGAGGGCAGAGCGGGCAUGGCGGCCAUGAUCAUCAGACCGGGCUUCUCCUUCGAUGGGAGCAAACUGUUCGAGCAUGUGAUGAGAGAUCUGCCGGCGUACGCUCGCCCGCUGUUCAUCAGACUUCAGGAGGAAAUGGAGAUGACGAGCACCUUCAAGCAGCAGAAGUUCCAGCUGGUUCAGAGCGGCUUCAACCCCUCCUCCAUCUCAGACCUGCUGUUCGUGUUGGACCAACAGCAGCAGAGUUAUAUUCCUCUCACAGACUGCAUCUACCACAGCAUCCUCGCAGGGGAACGCAAGCUAUAGAACAAUAUGUAGAGAAGCAGCUGGAGAACAUGGUGGGAACUCUACAUGCAGAACGUUAAGAUGGGAACAUGAGAACUAACGGUUUACUGAAGUCUGAACGAAAGCGUCUAUAAGAGGAUCAACUGAGCAGAAACGGCCAUAGAGAUUUUGGAUAGUGCAUAUUUCAUAGUGGAUAUAAUGAACUAUGAAACUACUUUUUCUACCCCCCACAUCUUCAGCUGAAGUAUUGUGUUGGUAAACCCUUAAUUUAAAGGUAGGGUAGGUAAGUUUGAGAAACCGGCUCGAGAUACACUUUUUUCAGCUGCACAAUUAUGAUUAAGGGUUUCAUUGGUUUACUCAAAUUACAGGAUCAAUUAAUAAUAAGAACAAAUGAAGUUACUGUAAGAUAAGAUUUACUUUAUUGAUAUAUAAAUGAUAUCAAGCAGUUUUAGUGGUCUUUCUAGAUCAGGGGUGUCAAACUCAAUUUCAUCACGGGCCACGUAGGAAUUAUGGUUGCACUCAAAGGGCCGGUUG